GGUGGAAAAGCAACCAAGCUUAGUUUCAUGGCAUCCAUAUGUUCCAGAUUCCCCAAUUUCGUCAAUUUCUUCACUUCACUCCCUUGAUUUUACCCUAAUCAUUUUUUUCCCCUUCCCAAUUUCCUCUCUCUUAUUCAGAUCCGGAGGUUAGACAAGACGAAAAAAAUGUGUCCGCUGAGAUUUAUUCUCAUAUUUCUCUCAGCGACUCUCGCCGGCUUCUUCCUUCUCCGGAAUCUCAAAUCUCCGUCUCAAGAUUUCCAGGCCGACGAUAAUUCCGAUUCCCACUCCAAGGAUCUGGAUUCCAAUUCCUCCUCCUCCUCCUCCUCCAAGCUCUCAUCGGGGUUCUGGACGGUGGUCGAUAUGGCCAGCGGCCGCUACUUGUGGAGGCAUUUGUUUUCCUCGUCGGAGAAGCCUUCUGAUUGACGACUGUUUCCGGCUAGGGGUUUUGUUUGGGUUAAUUGUAUUGUUUCCCUCAUCUUCUUCUCUUGUAUAUGUCCGGUGGAUGAAUGAUAUACCUAUUUUUCCCUUUCCGCCUUUGAGUGAUUUUGUAAAAUGUUCAGAAAUGCUCGAUCGCAAACGCUUUUGAUUUCAAGAAAUGGAGGGUUUAUUAUAAGAUCAGAUCAAAAUUAAAGCAA